CGAGUCAGAUGUUGAAAGCUUCCGGAUGGGUCACCUUCACACACUGAAAACCAUCAUCGAUAAGCGAUGGAUGACUGCGCUUAUCCUCGAGAACGACGCCGACUGGGACAUUGAGAUCAAGAAGCAACUUGCUCUCGUUGCGCCACAUAUCCGUGCCGUCACCAACUCAACUUCGCAUGGCCAGCCUCAGCCGUACGGCAGCACAUGGGACCUGCUCUGGCUUGGCCAUUGCGGAGAUGGUGUGCCGCCAACCGGGGUAGUGUCCAUCUUCGACAGCACACUACCCGAGGAGGCGGCAUACAGGGAAAACACAGGCGAGUAAAUACAUCAUGCUCACCCCGAAGCCUCAGACUCGCCUCAUCCACAUUUCCGAAGGACCCAUCUGCACCUACGCGUACGCAGUAACCUACAGCGCCGCUAAAGGAAUAUACGCGUACGCCAAAGACGGCGCCGACGACAUCAUCACCACGUACCUGCGCCGCUGGUGUCAGGCGGGGUUCUUGGUCUGUGUGACGAUAAAUCCAGAACUCUUUCACCACCACAAACAGGCAGGGAAAAGAUCGACUGAAAUUGCUGCCUGGGAGGGAUGGGACACACUAUCAGCACCGUCUGGGUGGAGUAUACGGCCAAUAUCCGGUAUAGCGCCCGAUGUAAUGCCAACUCUCCUGUCCUAGUUAGCUGUCGGGGUAAAUUUGGUAGAACUGGAUUAUAGAGUUUUGGGUCAAGUCUUGGGUUCGCUGGUCACUUGCGCCUUUAUCUCCCCUUUGCAGCAUCGAAAUAUUGGUUUCCAUCAUGUCAUUGUUGCGGGUGCAGCCUCUUGAACCUUUUCUGAGCGCCUCCUUACCCCUGAAUGAGGUUUAAUUAAAGCAAGGUCAAUAGAUAAGCAAACUAUAAACAUUCAAGUUGCUUACUCGAAACAUUGCUU